GCCGCCAGGGGUGCGGGGCGCGCGCUCCGGGAACUGAGAAGUGCGGCUCUCUCGGGUCACUCGGUCGCCGGCGGGCAGACGAUGGCACUGAAGGACACGGGCAGCGGCGGCGGCACUAUCCUGCCCAUCAGCGAGAUGGUCUCCUCGUCCGGCGCGCCCGGCGCGUCCGCGGUCGCCGCCCCGGGGCCCUGCGCCCCGUCGCCCUUCCCCGAGGUGGUGGAGCUGAACGUGGGCGGCCAGGUCUAUGUGACCAAGCACUCGACGCUGCUCAGCGUCCCGGACAGCACGCUGGCCAGCAUGUUCUCGCCCUCCAGCCCCCGGGGCGGCGCCCGGCGCCGGGGCGAGCUGCCCAGGGACAGCCGCGCGCGCUUCUUCAUCGACCGGGACGGCUUCCUCUUCAGGUACGUGCUGGACUACCUGCGCGACAAGCAGCUCGCGCUGCCCGAGCACUUCCCCGAGAAGGAGCGGCUGCUGCGCGAGGCCGAGUACUUCCAGCUCGCCGACUUGGUCAAGCUGCUGGCGCCCAAGGUCACCAAGCAGAACUCGCUCAACGACGAGGGCUGCCAGAGCGACCUGGAGGACAACGUCUCGCAGGGCAGCAGCGACGCCCUCCUGCUGCGCGGGGCGGCGGCGGCCGCGCCCUCGGGCCCGGGCGCGCACGGCGGCGGCGGUGGCGGUGGCGGUGGCGGUGGCGGUGGCGCGCCGGACAGGCGCUCGGGCUUCCUCACGCUGGGCUACCGCGGCUCCUACACCACGGUGCGCGACAACCAGGCGGACGCCAAGUUCCGGCGCGUGGCGCGCAUCAUGGUGUGCGGGCGCAUCGCCUUGGCCAAGGAGGUCUUCGGGGACACGCUCAACGAGAGCCGCGACCCGGACCGGCAGCCCGAGAAGUACACGUCCCGCUUCUACCUCAAGUUCACCUACUUGGAGCAGGCGUUCGACCGCCUGUCCGAGGCCGGCUUCCACAUGGUGGCGUGCAACUCCUCCGGCACGGCCGCGCUCGUCACCCAGUACCGCGACGACAGGGUCUGGAGCAGCUACACCGAGUACAUCUUCUUCCGACCUCCUCAGAAAACCGUAUCCCCCAAACAAGAGCAUGAAGAUAGGAAACACGAUAAAGUCACCGACAAAGGAAGCGAGAGUGGGACUUCCUGUAAUGAGCUGUCCACUUCCAGCUGCGACAGCCACUCGGAGGCCAGCACCCCCCAGGACAACCCGCCCAGCGCCCAGCAGGCGACCGCCCACCAGCCUAACACCCUGACUCUGGAUCGCCCCUCCAGAAAGGCCCCCGUGCCGUGGAUGCCCCCGCCAGACAAACGCAGGAACAGCGAACUCUUUCAGACGCUCAUCAGCAAGUCCCGGGAAACCAAUCUCUCCAAGAAGAAAGUCUCUGAGAAGCUAAGCGUGGAAGAAGAGAUGAAAAAGUGCAUUCAGGAUUUUAAAAAAAUCCACAUUCCGGAUUAUUUUCCAGAGCGCAAACGCCAGUGGCAGUCCGAACUGCUGCAGAAGUAUGGGUUAUAGUGAUGGUCACGUGCCUGCUGUGUGUUGAUGGCAUUCAGUGUUUACUACAGUGUCACCGCCUGGCUGAUGUCCUGACAGGGGUCGGUGUGACUCUU